AGCAGGGAGCAGGUCUGGAGUUGUACCUAGAAACUAAGCCAAGACCUCUGGCUACUGUAAUCGUCUCAACAUGUAUGCAAGUAUGACCUCACAAUGUUGCACAUGUGCCAUUUGAGUUCGUAGCUAUGGUAACUUUUAAAAGCACCAAUUAAAAACAACAUUUAUUUUCAAACUAUUCGUGGUGCAAGACGGCAAUGCAUUAGACCGAGCAGCUGACAUGAAAAGAAUGAUGACCCCCCCGAGCGAUGACAGUGACGUAAGCGAUCAGCGCCACCCCAUGAAGACACGCUGCGCUGGUGGCCAGGGAGGAGACAGCCCCGGCAUGGACCCGAAAAAAUGGAUCACCUUCAAAGACCUCCAUGACCGGGUCACGCAGCUGCUCUCCACUAAGCUCAACUCCUGUAACAUCAAGCAGUGCAAGUCCAAACUGGACAUCCUCAGUAAGUGCUCCUAUUACCUGGAGGUCAUGCGCCAGGACACACUCCACCAACCAGACCCGCAGCAGAACUACCUGUCCAACUCCACCAUCCUCCACCUCAUCGAUCCCUGGAAGUUCCAGCGGAUGAAGAAGCUGGGCCACAGCCAGGUGCAGAUCCAGCUGAGCCUGCUGGAAGAGCUCUACGAGCAGUUCUGUAAGGGCAAAGUGGAAAUGGAGGCCAUAGCCAGCCAGAGCGACUAUGGCGAUCAAGAGGUCGCCCACAUAAAUGGGAGGAUAGCGCAUCUCAUUAAGGCGUUCACGGACUUUGACUCGACACUGAUGCCCGGGGAGCUGCACACAAAGCACCGGCUCAUCUCCGAGACGGGCAACGCCAAGGUGCCCCAGAUCCAUUUGAGGCUGUCCGUCAAAAUGCCCGUGAUGUUCGACACGUCACGCUCGGAGGCUCUGGCCGACUGCGCCCGGCUGCACUGGGAAAUGGCCGGGCAGGAGCAGCAGGAGCCUGGGGAACAGUUUGAGAUCCGCUACAAGCUCCUCCAGCCGACCAACACAGAGGAAGGGAACCAGCUAGGAACGGUGACCUGCAACUCCUACUGCAUACAGGUCAACAACCUGUUGCCGCAAAGGUGCUACGAGUUCACAGUGAAGCGGGCUGACGCCUGCUGCCUGGUCUACGGGUUCUGGAAUGACACCAUGGUGCUCAGAACCAUGCCACUAUCCCCAGGGGGCUUCACCGGGAGCCAGGAGAAGAGGAGGAGGCUGUUCCCCUGGUAAAGGGCUAGCGUGGCGUGAGUGCAUAGCAAUAUGAAAAUAAAGACAUUUUAAUUUUUUUUAUCUCUCUAAUAAAAUACAUUGUCAAGAUUUUGGG